UAGGGCUUCUUCCAGCGAUGGCAGGGCAGGGCAGGGCGCUUGUGCCGCUGGGCUAGGCGACGCCAUCGGCAGCUCUUGACGAUUGGAGCGGACUAGGGUGGAGCUAGGGUGGAGCGGCAUGGCUCAGCAGCAGCAGCAGCAGCAAUCGUCUCGGUUGAACCGGCUGCUGACGCUCCUCGACACUGGAUCCACUUCCGCGACGAGGCUCACUGCUGCGAAGCAGAUUGGCGAGAUUGCGAAGCAGCACCCCACUGAAUUGCAAGCUCUCCUGAAAAGAGUUGGGCACUUCCUCCGAAGCAAGAGCUGGGAAACGCGUGUGGCCGCCGCUCAUGCAAUUGGAUCCAUCGCCGAGAAUGUGAGUCAUGUAACUGUGAGGGAGCUUGUCGCUAGAGCACAGAAGAACAUCCAAAGGAUGGGGUGCACCACUUUGAAUCUAGAGAAUGUCUUGACGGCUAGCGGCGAGAAGCAGCCAUCGCCAGGCCUGGCGUUCAGUAGGUUUGAUGUUCACAAAGUUUUGGAGUCGGGCCGGCUAUUGCUUGCAUCCGGUGGUCAGGAAUUUGAUGUUUCGCUCGACAGUACAAAGACUUCAGUGGAAAGGCUGGCACACCAGAAGCAAAAUUUGCGUCGCCGACUGGGACUAGACGACUUCGUCGAUGUCAAUGACAUGAUUCGUGACGAGGAUCUCAUGAUGCAGAGAACACCAGUUGGCGAUAGUAGCAUUCACAAUCAUGUGUACCAGCGGCAGGAAGUUCAACAAUUGGUUGCCAACAUGGUUCCGGGUGUCCUUCCAAGGACACUAAGUGCGAGAGAGAAGAACAUGCUUAAACGCAAAGCUAAAUUUUUUGUUAAAGAUGGAUCGAAGGAGGAAGCGGAGCUAGAAGAGCCUAGUAACAAGCGUCCUAAAUCUGUUGUGAAUGAGCAAUCACAACAACAAACUGAUAAGCUCGUGUUAGAUUCUGUGCUAGAGGAGGACGGUCAGGACAUUUUUGCCGACGGUCGCUGGCCAUUUUCCCGCUUUGUGGAGGCUCUCAUGCAUGAUAUUUUCGAUCCUGUCUGGGAAAUUCGCCAUGGUAGUAUCAUGGCGCUUAGAGAAAUAUUAAGCUCACAAGCAGCUUCUGCUGCCGUAACUGCUCCUGAAACAUCUUCAACAUUUACAGCAAACAGAGUGGAGACCAAAGGCCAGGAGGCAGUUGUUGAUACUAAAUUGGAGCCUUCUCAGGAAACAAAGGUGGAGCAAAAGAACGAACUAGUUUCCGACGUUAAAAAGGAGGAACAGAAGGACGGAGACAAGAUGGAGCUCGAGAAGAGUGAUGCAGAGAGGAUGGAACUAGUUUUCGACGGGAAAAGCGAACCAGAGGAGAUUGUAUCUGACCAGCCGAAGACUGAGGAACAGGAAAUGGAGAACACGAAUGACCGGAAGGAUAUUGCUGUCAAAGGGGAGCUAGAUCUCAACCAAGACGUCCCAGAGGUCAAAGGGGUCGCCUCAACAGAGAAUGACCCGAAAGCGGCAUGUAUCUCUAAAGAAGUGGCUGCUGCACAAGAAGCAUGGCGAGCAAACUCGGAGUUUCUUCAAGAUUGCACUAUUCGGCUUAUUUGUAUCUUUUCUCUUGAUCGAUUUGGUGACUUUGUUUCGGACCAAGUGGUUGCGCCUGUGCGAGAAACUUGUGCUCAAGUUCUGGGUGCGGUGCUCAAGCAAAUGCAUUCGCCGCUAGUUCAUGAAACUUUCAGUAUCCUUCUUCAGAUGCAGCGGCGUUCAGAGUGGGAGGUCAGACAUGGCAGUUUAUUGGGCAUCAAGUACCUGGUGGCAGUCCGACAGGAAAUGAUAGGUGAACUUCUUCCUCGGGUUUUACCUGCCUGUAUAGCUGGACUUGAAGAUCCUGAUGACGACGUGAGAUCAGUUGCAGCAGACGCUUUGUUUCCAGCUGCCCGCGCAAUUGUGACUCAUGCGAGUCAUCUGGUAAAAACUAUCCUGAUCUUGCUGUGGGAUAUUCUACUUGAUCUGGAUGACUUGAGUCCUUCGACUAACAGUGUAAUGCAUCUUCUGGCUGAGCUUUAUUCACAGCCUGAAGCGUUACUUCCACUGAAUUCUACAUCUUCGAUUGACUUGAAUGCGGACAUGGCUCUGGACGAGCAACAACAGGAUUUGGAUGAUUUAUCUGUCUUAGCCCCCCGGCUUUGGCCUUUUAUGCGGCAUAAUAUUUCAUCCGUGAGAUAUGCUGCUAUUCGAACUCUGGAGCAAUUACUGGAGUCGGGAUCGACAUGUUGGGCUCUACGCAUCCUUGACGAUAUGCUGCGCAUGGUCUUUCAGAAUUUGCUUAUGGAAUCAAACGAAGAAAUUCUGCAGUGUUCUGGGCGCGUCUGGCGUCUAUUGAUUCAGUGUUCACAUUCGCAUUUGCAACCAUCGACGCUAUCCUUCUUUCCAACGUGGCUGAAGCUUGCCAGCACCGCGGCUGGUGCUUCUUUGGAAGCCUCGAAUAUGUUUUCGCCCACGUCUCUACCAAAAGGAAGCCGUUCUAAAGUGGUGGCUAAGCUAAGUGCAUCUAAACUUAUAAGCCGAGGAGAGUCUCACUCGCAUGGUCCAGAAGCCCAAAAACAUUCUGACGUGGUUCCGAAAGUAGUUGUUGGUGCUGACGGAGAGAAUUCUGCUGUAUAUAUGAGGAUUGCCACUACAUCUGCCUUGGGAGUUUUGGCUGGGAACGUACCUGGUUCAAUGCUGGACCUUAUAUUUCAGGCUCUAAACCAAGCUUUACAUUCGCCCUCAGGUAUCCAGAGACAGGUCGCAUCCAUGGUUCUUAUAUCAUGCUUCAAGGAAGUAAGAUCCUUUCCUGAUGAGAAGAAGGCGCCGGUGAUUUCUGCUUUUCGACCUUUAACAUCAUAUUUACAAGUGCUCCUUUUACAAAUUGAGCCUUCGCAUCCGACUCCGGACUCUUCUUUGCCUUACGCGGAACUUUCGAGAACUUACGCUAAGAUGAGGGCGGAAGUUGCCGCACUCGUUAAGCAUGCUGAGGCUUCGAACUUUGGAUUACCAGUGGACUUGCAACCAGUGGAAAACAUGUCCGUAGAAGCUGCUAUAGACGCUGCAAUGAAGUUUAUUCCUUUGGAGGAAUGCAAUGGAGCAGUUUCCGAUGAGAAAACUUGCUCCGCUCGAGACAUGAUGGAGUCUGCUCGACAGCGUCUUCUUGCUACCGCAGGCUAUCUAAAAUGUGUUCAGGUUAAUCUGCAUGGCACAGUUUUGGCUUUGAUGGCUAGUGUGGUCGUAUGGAUGGGCGAGCUACCGUCGAAGCUGAAUCCUAUCAUCCAACCUUUGAUGGGCUCCGUCAAGCGUGAACAGGAGGAAGUACUGCAGCAGUGCGCAGCAGAAGCUUUGGCAGAAGUGAUUGGACACUGUGUUGGUCGGAAACCGUGUCCUAAUGACAAGCUUAUCAAAAACCUGUCUACCAUGGCAUGUGCUGAUCAGCUUGAAACUCCAUUGGCGACUGAAGCGAACUCGUCCUGGACCUUCGAUGAUGGUGACUAUUCAUUGAAAUCUUCAUCGACUGCGUUACGAAAGAUGGAAGUUGCUUCCAUUGACGACAAAGCAAAGGUUGAAGGAAUAAUUACGAGACGUGGUGCAGAACUGGCACUUAAGGCGCUUUGCCAGAGGUUUGGUGAUUCUCUUUUCGAAAAGCUUCCGAGGCUCUGGGACUGCCUAACUGAAGUAAUCAAGCCUUCCGAUCCUGGUCAUAUUCACGAUGCGUUUCUAGUAGAACCAGUUGCCGAUCCUCAAGCGCUUGUUAACAACCUGCAGCUUAUACGCGUUACUGCUCCUUUCCUAAAAAAUGCCAUGCAAUCGAGGAUAUUAACACUCCUCCCUGCAAUAUUUGGCUGCGUUCGACAUCGUCAUGCGGCUGUAAGAUGUGGUGCGUCAAGAUGUAUCACAGCGAUGGCCCGAACCUUGAAAGAGACGAUCAUGACUGCUGUCCUAGCAAAGGCCAUGCCAAUGCUUACUGAUGGUACAUCUAUGGAGGCAAGACAAGGAGCAGGGAUGCUGGUGACGUUUCUUGUCGAAGGCAUGGGAAUGGAACUCGUAGGAUACGCUCCGUUUCUCAUCGUUCCGUUGCUGGGCUGCAUGGGUGACAGCAACCAGGUUGUCAGGCAAAGCGUGACUCACAGUUUUGCCGCCUUGGUUCCACUUCUUCCACUUGCUCGAGGGGUACCACAGCCAGAAGGUAUCUCCUCUCUAAGUAACUCAGCCGAUGCCAGGUUUUUGGAACAAUUACUGGAUAACAGUCGCGUCGACGACUAUAAGCUGGCGUUUGAUUUAAAAACUCCGCUACGCAGGUAUCAACAAGAAGGUAUCAACUGGCUAGCUUUCUUAAAGCGUUUUAAGCUCCAUGGUGUUUUGUGCGAUGACAUGGGUCUGGGAAAGACCCUUCAAGCUUCUGCGAUUGUUGCUUCAGAUAUGGCUGAGCGUAUUGCUGCUGGCCAGGGGAAAGAGUCGACGUUAUCUUUGAUAGUAUGCCCACCAACAUUAGUGGGUCACUGGAUAUACGAGAUUGAGAAGUUCAUACCGGCCGAACUUCUGAAACCUUUGCAGUAUGUGGGGCAACCUCAGGAUCGGUUAUACUUGCGCAAUCAGUUCUCGGCUCACAGUAUUAUAAUCACAUCUUACGAUGUGCUUCGAAAGGACAUCGAGCAUCUGAGCCAAAUACAGUGGAACUUCUGCAUCCUAGAUGAAGGACACAUCAUCAAAAGCGGGAAGUCCAAAAUCACUCUGGCUGUAAAGAGAAUUCAAGCCGAGCACAGAUUAAUUCUCAGCGGUACUCCUAUUCAGAACAAUGUACUAGAACUAUGGUCAUUGUUUGAUUUUCUUAUGCCGGGUUUCCUUGGAACUGAACGCCAGUUCCAUGGUAGCUAUGGCAAACCUUUGCAAGCUGCAAGAGAUCCGAAAUGUUCCGCGAAAGAAGCUGAGGCCGGGGUGUUAGCCAUGGAGGCCUUGCACAAGCAGGUCAUGCCUUUUCUGUUGCGCCGGACAAAAGAUGAAGUGCUAGCGGAUUUACCUCCCAAAAUUAUUCAAGACCGUUACUGUGACUUGAGUUCGCUUCAGCUGAAACUUUAUGAAAAGUUUGCCUUUUCUCAAGCCAAGAAGAAUGUGGCCACCAUGGUUGAGGCGUACGGUGGAAAUGCUGAUGACCGAGGAAACACGUCAGCUCCUACGCACGUCUUUCAGGCCCUGCAAUACCUGCGAAAAGUUUGCAGUCAUCCUGUGCUUGUCCUAGACGGACCUCUGUCAGAGAACGUCAAUGAGGAGAAUGGCAGCAUGGAUAUACAUGAUAUUCAAAACUCGCCAAAGCUUCUGGCCUUGCGAGAUAUUCUCGAAGAAUGUGGCAUCGGUCAAUGCAACGGCGAUAAUUCUACUGCCGGGGGACAACAUCGUGUUUUGAUCUUUGCACAACUAAAGGGUUUUCUUGACAUUAUUGAAAAGGAUUUGUUUCAAACACACAUGAAAAGUGUGACAUACAUGAGGCUCGAUGGCUCCGUUGACGUUAGCAAGCGUUUUGAGAUUGUGAAGGCUUUCAAUUCUGAUCCAACAAUAGACGUGCUUCUUCUCACUACACACGUGGGUGGCUUGGGAUUAAACCUUACAGCAGCAGACACGGUUGUAUUUAUGGAGCAUGACUGGAAUCCUAUGCGUGAUUUACAGGCUAUGGACAGAUCUCACAGGCUUGGACAACGGCGGGUGGUUAAUGUGCAUAGACUGAUAAUGCGUGGAACUUUAGAGGAGAAGGUCAUGAACCUUCAACGCUUCAAGCUUUCCAUUGCGAACACGGUUAUCAAUGCGGACAACGCGAGCAUUAGCAGUAUGGACACAGGCCAGCUUCUCGACUUGUUUACCUUUGACGGGAAGAAGGCUAAUGUCCCAGGUACGAGCAAGGAUAAGGAGGAAGAGGCUGCAGGAUCGAGUGGCUCGAAAGGCGGCAAAGGACUCAAGUCGAUGCUAAGCUCUUUGGAGGAUCUCUGGGACCAGUCACUAUACCACGAGGAGUAUAAUCUUGGUCAGUUCGUCUCUCGCCUCAAGUGAUGGCUGCGGACGGCGAUAAAAUGCGUCACAACAUUUUGUUUUUGUGAUCUGUAAGUUCCCGGGAUAGGUAGGAUGUAGGAAGCAUUUGUAAAUAAUUCAAGUGUCUCACAGUUGCAGAGGUA